UUUAAAGUGGUUUCUUGAAUAUUAAAGGUUACUUCAUAAAUUCAUUGUAAAGAUAUCCUGUUAUCUCCACUUCUGCAGUGCCCUACCUUUACCUAUUUGAAUAUAUAUUUAUUCUUAAAUUUCAAUGCAGAAUAUGAAUAUUUCAAUAGAAAGAAAAAGAACUGAUUGUUCAGCCUUACCAAAAGGAUGGCAAAGAGAAGAGGUCCUCAGAAAAACAGGUCUUUCUGCUGGCAAAGUCGAUGUGUUUUAUUACAGCCCUACAGGUAAAAAGUUUCGCAGUAAACCAGAGCUAGUUCGAUAUCUGGGUGAUAGUAUGGACCUGUCAUGUUUCGACUUUCAACAGGGCCAAAUAAACACAAUGCUCCUGUGCAAGACCAAGAAAGCUCGAGCGCAGUUUGACUACAGAGGAGUACGUUCCGACUCAUCUCUGGUGCCUCCAAUUCGGCAGACAGCAUCGAUUUUUAAACAGCCAGUAACUGUUUAUAAAACUCAGGAGAGUAAAGUGAAAACAGAUUUGAAACAAGGUACACAAGAGAAACCAAAACAAUUGUUUUGGGAAAAACGUUUGGAGAAUUUGACUGCAUGUGAUGCAAAUGGUGUAAUAGGAACAACAACAUUGCCAAAAUACAUCAAACCUUUGGGUCCGUUUACAUCUGAUGCAACAACUAUACAGUCUUUGGCUACAGCUCUUCAUGUUUCGUCACAGCCUAUUACAGGUCAAACUGGUUCAAAACAAACCAUAAUGGAAAAUCCGGGUGUUUUUUUAAACCCUGAGCAGCCACUGAUUGCUGCUGUGACCAUUACUAAGGAUGACGUGAGACGUCAGGAGGAGCGUGUCAACCGCGCCCGACAACGGCUGCGGGCGGCGCUCGCGGCGGCAUAGGAAUACGCCAGCGACGGGGAGCCCUCGUCAGACACUGCCCCUGUCGCUUCGUUCCAAACUGAAGAACAACCAGACUCCACAGAAGAUGCUCAAGGUCUGCAACCUGAUUCUACAGUCAAUGAUCCAGUGGAUUCAAGUAAUUAACUGCCAAUUUUUAUAUUUAAUUCAUAAGAUGUAUAACUGCCAAUUGAAAUUUUUUUGGACUAUGAAAUUCUAAUCUUGUGAUUAAUGUUAAACUAAGUGUUCAGG